UCAUUUUUUCAUGACGGAUUCAUCAUUUUUUUUAAUCUUCUCUUUCUUCCGUGUUCUUUUGCUGUUCAUCCAAAGGAGGAUCCCGAUCUCUGUCAGGAGUCGCUAUGGCUUCCAAGCGGAUCUUGAAGGAGCUCAAAGAUCUUCAAAAGGAUCCUCCUACUUCUUGUAGUGCUGGACCUGUUGCUGAGGACAUGUUUCAUUGGCAAGCAACAAUCAUGGGUCCUCCAGACAGUCCUUAUUCUGGUGGAGUUUUUCUGGUGACAAUCCAUUUUCCUCCAGAUUAUCCGUUCAAGCCACCUAAGGUGGCUUUCAGGACAAAAGUUUUCCACCCAAACAUAAACAGCAACGGGAGCAUAUGCCUUGACAUUUUAAAGGAGCAGUGGAGCCCUGCCCUAACAAUUUCCAAGGUGUUGCUUUCGAUAUGUUCUCUUCUGACGGACCCUAAUCCUGAUGAUCCUUUGGUCCCGGAGAUUGCACACAUGUACAAGACAGAUCGGAACAAGUACGAGAGUACUGCAAGGAGCUGGACCCAGAAGUAUGCCAUGGGCUAAAUGCACAUUGGUUUUUUUGGGGAUCAGGACAUUGUACUUUCAGAUACUUUGUUAUUUACAUUGAAUAUAUUAAUGAGUUCAUCUGUUCUUUGAUUUGAACAUUGGGCUGGGAGGGAGUCCGUGUCUUAAGAGUUGAGGAAAAUGAUGGAUGCUGCUCUUUAAUGGUUGUAUGAACAAUUUGAUCUUGGAAGAAACCAAUGAAUUAACCUUUUCUUCCA